CGGCCGGGGGCUUGGUCCACGACCAGCCAUGCCCCCCAGGCUGGAGCGGGUGGCCAACGUCGUCCUGCGGGUGCCGAGCAUCCUCCUCCUGGACUUGCUGUACCGGUGGGAUGCGCGGUCCCUUGUCGAGCUCUUCUACCCCGGAGGCGCAGCGGCCCACCUGCACGAGUAUCACCUGUGCAGCGCCCACCGUGCAGGGCAAACGGUGUGCGUGGCGCUUCUGCUGCUCCCAGUGCGGCAUCUCGUGAAAGUGUACCUGCACCUCCUCACGCUGCUGCUGCUGUGUGUGGGCCACCACACCUCCUGGGAUUACGUCAAGUACGAGAUGGAGCGGGACUUUCAGGGGGCCGUGCACGGCGACCCCCUGCUGCUCACAUACCUUGUCAACGUGCUCGCAGGUCAGGUCCUCCUCGUCGCCCUCUGCGCCUUCCUGAUGAAGACCAGGCGCAUGUGGCUGUUCUGCGCCCCGCUCCUGCCCCUGGUCGCCCGGCUGUGCUGCCUCCCGCUGGGGGUCCUGCCCGCCGUCAGCGUCCUCGCCGCCUUCCUCAGCGCCGUGGUGGUGCUCUACGUCGCCCUGUCCAGCUUGCCGGGGCUCCUCGCGUUGGCCAGUGCGGCCUGGCAGGAGAUCAGUCAGGCCCUGGAGGUCUCCAGACUGGUCACGCUGGGGACGACCCUCUGGAGCCAGCUGGCCGUGCCGCUCCUGUUCCUGCUCUUCUGGCUGACGCUGUUCACGGCGCAGAUGGGCAGCUUCGUCUUCUCCCGCAAGCGACUGCUCUUGGCCAAGCACAGCUUCGCCUUCAUCCUCCUCACCAGCGUGGCCGACUGCUCCGGCACGCCCUAUUCCCUCGUCGGGCUCUCCUGCGCCGUCUCCUACCUGGCUUGGGGGGUACUCAAGCUCUGCAAGUUCUACCUGGCGGGCUACAGCGCGUGCCAGGACAGCGACGUGAUGCACAGGGGCGUGACGGAGGGGGUGACGCUGCUGCUGCUCGCUCUCCAGACGGGCCUGCUGGACCUGCGGGGCCUGCAGAGGGCCUUCCUGCUCAGCAUCCUCCUCUUCAUCGUGGGGACGUCCACCCUGCAGUCCAUGAUUGACAUCACCAACCCCAUCGUCCUGGGGCUUGCGAUUUCGCGGAACAGGGGCUUCUGGAGGCACUUCCGCGGGGUCAGCAUGUGCGUCUUCCUCCUGCUCUGCCCCACCGUCAUGGCCUGCAAGAUCGCCCACGUCUUCCACCUGGACUCCUGGCUCCUCAUCCUCAUCUCCAGCUCCGUGCUCACCUCGCUGCAGGUGUUGGGCGUCCUCUUCAUCUACUUGCUCUUCGUGGCCGAGCUGUUCCAGGACACCGUCGUGGAGAAGAUGGACGAGCUCAUCUUCGGCGUGAACGCCGUCAGCCGCGUGCUGGAGUUCCUGGUGGCGCUCUGCGUGGUGGCCUAUGGCGCCUGGGAGUCCGUCUUCGGGGAGUGGAGCUGGACCGGGGCCUCCAUCAUCAUCCUCCACUGCUACUUCAACGUCUGGCUGCGGGCCCAGUCGGGCUGGAGGAGCUUCCUGCUGUGCCGGGACGCGGCCCAGAAGGUCCGCCUGCUGCCCAGCGCCACGGCCGAGCAGCUGGAGGACCGCGAUGACGUCUGCGCCAUUUGCUUCCAGGAGAUGACCGUGGCGGUGGUCACCCGGUGCGGCCACUUCUUCCACGGCGACUGCCUGCGCAAGUGGUUCUACGUGCGGGGCACCUGCCCCCUCUGCCACCAGCCCGUCGUAGCGGGGGCCAGGCAGGAGACCCCCCAGGACCAAGCCCCGGGGCGAGGGGCAGAGCCGGCCCUGGAGGGGGCGGAGGCCCCCAGGCCCAAGAGCGACGGCGAAGCCCCCGUGGGCCAGAGCGCCGCACGCACGGCAGCAGAGCCCCUCCGGACGGGCGGGCCGGAGCCUUCGUCGGCAGCAGCGUCGGGAGAACAACGUCGGCCCUCCGGCACCACGGGGGAACCCGCGGAGAGCGGUCCCGGCUGCGGGCCCUCCUGCCCGGCAGCGGGUGUGGGCCAGGCCCCGGUCGAGCGGGAGCUGCCCCCGGCUCCGGCCAGUUCCGGAGCACCGUCCCCUGGAGCCGUGCUCGGCGGCCCUGGCGCGCCCACGGCCCCGGGGCCCCAUCCUCGCAGCGGGAGCGCUUCCCACGGAAGGGGUGGCGCAGCCAGCGCGCACGACGCAGAUGGCCCGCAGCCCGCCGGUGCGCCGGGAGCCCCCGUGGAGGGACCGCUUGGGCAGCCCGCGCUCAGCCCGCUCGCCACCGGCCCUUCCGUGGCCGCGGAGGCGCAGUGGGCGGCGUGACCGGGACCCGACGACGUCGAGGAGUCACGACAGCCGCUGCAAGCCCUCGGCGAACUCUGACGACGACAGUGCCGAGGAGGACGGGGGUCCUCGAGCCGCCCCUCCCCUCCCGGCGCUCAGCCAGCCCUUGCCGUGUGAGCCCGCCAUGUGCAGUGACGCCCCCCGUUCUGCCUGCUCCGAGGGGUGCAGCCGGUUGCAGCUGCGGCAGGAGCAGCCGCCGCCCAGUCUCGCCACCUCGGUGUUUGUGUUGGCCGCAACGCGUCCGCACACAAGGAAAUCUGGCACUCGGGCAGGGUUCAGCCUGGGCGGUGGCAGUGCAUUUCUGGGCCCCUGUGUGCUUCUGCACGCGCCCCGCCCCCCCGCCCCCCGGAGCACCGGGAAAUCUGAGCGGUGCGUGAAGCAGGGGCAGUGCCUUCUCUGCAGCCCGGGGAGCCGUGUGGGGCUUGAGCCCCCCUGGCGCUGGUGCCUUGCAGGACGCGUGCUCGUGUCAGCCGGACGUGAAGCGCUUUGCUUGUGAGUCCAAGUGUCGUAAGCCAUCCUGAAGGACAGGAUAACAGUGUUUUAAACGAAUAAAUAAAUAAAUUCUGCCCACCAA